UAUAUGCUGUCUGCUCUGCUUCAAAAACAUGGCGUGUCGUGUGGUUCAUAGAAUAGCGGGAGUUAAUGUAUCUUCAAAUCCGUUAAAACAUUUGCGGAUUAUCUCAAGGAAGGCAGCAACACUUUCAGAUUUUGAUAUUCAGCACAAGACUCCACUGCAGAAGCGUGUGCCACCAAUACCAAAAGCCCAUUAUGGAGGUCGUCAUACUGUCACAAUGCUUCCUGGGUCGGGAAUUGGGCCAGAACUGAUGGGCCAUGUGAAAGAGAUUUUCAGAUAUGGAGGUGUACCUGUUGACUUUGAAGAAGUUCAGACUGAUGCAAGGAGUGAAAGCAAUGAAGAUUUGGAUUAUGCCAUUACUACUAUCAGAAGGAAUGGUGUUGCAAUCAAAGGGAACAUUGAGACUGGCAGUAUGUCAAGAAGUGUUAUUUCACGUAAUGUGGCUCUUCGAAAUGAACUUGAUCUGUACGUCAAUGUACUACAUUGCAAAUCUUACUCAGGCGUUCAAACACGUCAAAAGGAUAUUGAUAUUUUGAUCAUUCGGCAGAAUACUGAAGGAGAAUAUGCUAUGUUAGAACAUGAGAGUGUGACAGGUGUGGUAGAGUCCAUGAAAGUGGUUACUCAAGAGAAUUCUGAAAGGGUUGCUCGAUAUGCAUUCGAAUAUGCCAGAAAACAUGGACGGAAGAAGGUAACGACCAUCCAUAAAGCAAAUAUUAUGAAGCUUUCUGAUGGACUAUUUUUGGAAACCUCUCGAGAAAUUGCCAAAGAAUAUCCUGAGAUACAGCACAACGAUAUGAUUAUUGAUAAUUGCUGCAUGCAGCUUGUAUCGCGGCCUCACCAGUUUGAUGUAAUGAUCAUGACAAACUUGUAUGGUACGAUCGUAAGCAACGUUGUUUGUGGUUUGGUGGGCGGUGCAGGUUUGUUGUCGGGCAAGAAUUAUGGAGACCAGUAUGCUGUUUUUGAGCCUGGAACUCGAAACACAGGAACAGCUAUUGCUGGUAAAAACAUUGCCAAUCCAAUUGCAAUGUUGAAUGCGUCUGUGGACAUGCUAGAACACCUGGGUCAUCAUUAUCAUGCAGACUUAAUUCUUAAGGCUAUUGAAAAGACUGUUAAUGAGGAUCGUUUGCAUACACCAGACUUGGGAGGACAGGCAACAAGUGUUGAUGUUGUACAGAAUGUUGUAAAACAUCUUCAACAACUAUCCCAGAGUUCUAUUUGGUAAUGUGUUAAUUAUUGAAUGAAGAAUUUGUAUAGAAUUCUACUGUAUUUUCCUUCAUAAUUGAAUUAUUUAUUUAACCAAGCCUAGUUGUUUAAUUUUUGUGAGAAAAUAUUUCAUAAAUAUAAUUUAUAGUCUAGCAACAUAUAGUGACACCGAUGUUAUUGUGUACUUCCUCUAGUUAUCAAUUUUCAACUGUAAAUAUUUAAGGAUUGUAGGAGUUGCCCUGCAGAUUAACAUAAUUUUUAUUGUAGCUUAAUGUAUGUAAAUUAUAAACCAGGUUGGCAAUGAAGUUUAAUUAUGUAAUCAUGAAAGCCUUUAAAUCAAGGAAUAUGUAUAGUUAUUAUUUUUAUUAUGAAGUAAGUAUUAAAUUUAUUUAUGUGUUUGUAUUAGAGCUGGACCGAUCAGAGUUUGCAGAUCAUGUAGAUACCGAUCGCUUGCUGCGGAUCUGGCUGCUAACCGUUCAUCCUUUCAAAAAACAUUAAAACACCAUGGAGCAUGUUGGUUUGUUGCUUCUUUUUUUUUAUUUAAUAAAUUGAGCCAUGCAAACCAAUAUUUGAACAGACUAAGUUGGCAAUAGUGAUUAAAAAAAUAAAAUUGGAACAAUAUUAAAAGUUUUAAAUUAACUAUUUGUUUUACUAUAUUGUUUGUUGCUAUUGACACACAAACACAGCAGUGAAUAUUUCACUUGAAUUCAAGAUAUUCAAAUAAAUAAAAUUUUCACGCAAAUUUACUGAAGGAAGCAUUAUAAUAAUUUACACCAAAAUGUCAUUGAAAAUUGUUUUAUAAACAGCAUAAUUAUUUGAAAUAUCAGCAGCUUAUAGUAUUUUUUUACAGUUGAUGCAUGAAAUAAUGGUAAAUGUUCAUGUUAAAUUAAGUUUACAAUUGUGUGGUUGAAUUUGUGCUUAAAUAACUAGUCUGUGUAGAUUUUUAAGAAAUAUAACAUUACGAGUGAGUAAAAAUUGUUUAAUUAAAAUAUCUCAGCAGUGCAUUUGAAGUACAUUAACUGUAUCAUUAUGCUAUGUCUGCCGGCCGCCAGGUCAGCACCAGGAAGUGACGUGGCUGGAUUGCUGGAGGGAAAAUCUAAAAAUAAACCAGUCAUGGUUAGUGUAUGUGCAUUCUGUGAGUGUGUGUGGCCAAGGAGCAGUGUUGCAGUGAUGAUGGUUCCCUCUCCCUCUCAUCACUGUAAAUAUCUGUGGUGGACUGUCACUGGUACAAUCUUCAUGUGUCUAGUUAAACAUGUUUUUAUAACACAAUAUUGCCCAAACAUUAUUGUUUUUGCGUGAGAUUUCCCAUGCUUUCAACUGUAGAAUUCCAUGAUAAAACUGUAGCCAUAGUUGGGGGGGAUUUUGAAGUAGGGCUCUUGUAUUCCUCCUUCCAGCCGCCCCCCUCCCCCCCUCCCCCGUCAUCCUUCCUGAGUUUAGUAAUGUGUGUAGUUGUUGUAGUAGCAAUAGACAAAAGUAGCUUGCCGCCUUUCCUCUCUUCGAGAAAGGGACAUGUAAAAAUAAAAAAUAAAAAUAUGUAAAUGGGAAGGGAAACAUGGGUAUAAAAAUAGUAUUCUUUUCCUUUUUAGGUGGUGUGGUAAGAGAAUGGGCCAUAUACAAGGAAGGGGGAGGGAAGUAAGCAUAGGACUACCACCUGAUCCCAAUCUCAGUACUAAAGUAGGUCAGAAAGUAGCCAAAAAAGGACCAAAGCUAACACCCAUGUCUGCCGUAUUUCUUAUUUGCCAAUAAGCUGAGAUGAGGAUUACAAAGAUUUCAAUUGUAUCUAUCUAUAUAACUACUGAAGACAAAUAUAUGGUGCGAUCCAUAUUCAAGGACAAACCUGAUGGUGAAAAUGGUACAGUUAUUGGUCCAAAACUAUAGAUUCGACCCAUACGCGGGGGCGACCCUUCUGCGGGUGAAUGCGGUGUCUGAUCAGUGUGAAAUAUGAGUGAGCAUGAUUCUGAUCACGACAAACGGUAAAAUAACAAUAUCAGCUGAUUAAUCUAUUGGAAAUUGGUAUCGGCCCAGCUCUAGUGUAUAUUAUGUGCUCAUAAAUUUGACAAAAGUAUUUUAAAGUAUCAAUUUUGGUUUUCAAUUAAAUACUCUGCUGUAAAUUAUUCACUGUGAUGAACCUACGUAUUAAUUGUUUUAUAUUUUAAAUAAAUGUAACUAAAGAAUCAUAUAGAGUAUGUAUAAAAACUAUGGCAGAUGCUUGCGACUGUAUGAAAUAUGUAUGAAGACAACUUCAUUAACAAAUAUAUGGCAGAUUCAGCAUCAUCUUCUGAAGUCUUCCUAUGGCAGACAUAGUUAGCGUGUGCCCAGAUGCAGGAUGUGGUACACUGCCAAAGGUGUGCGAGAUGCUUCAAGAAAUGUUACAAAUGUACAAUAUACAGAAUGAUUUGUACCCUCACUAAGACAUUGUGGUUGGCAGGAACAUGUAGAGUCCACGAUGCAAUAACAGUGUGUUAGCCACCACUAUCCAGAAGAGUGAUGAUCUCUCUGGAGUGAACCAUUACAUCAUUAGGGCCUUGUUGCUGUUGUGCGAUGUAUCAUGACUUGCUUGAUUAGAUCCAGUAGAUCGCCUUGCAGCAAAGUUUUGACUGCAUCACAGAAGUCCUUAAGCAUCCUAAAAAUGUCAAAACUUUUCUGUAUUUUUCUGUUUUAGGCUAUUAAAUGAUUGUUUUAUAUCAAUAAA